AUGCCCGGGACGGUCCUCCUGCUCUGCCUGGCCCUCGGGCCGGUCCUGCGCGCCAGGUGUGAGAGCACAGAGGAAUAUGAUUAUGAUUACCUCAGCAUCAAUAAAACCUGGGUCCUCACCCCCAAGGCACAGGAGACUGACGCCACACAGAUCCUCAACUCCCUGCUGAAGAACUAUGACAACAAGCUGAGGCCUGACAUUGGCAUUAAGCCCACGUUCAUCGACGUGGAUAUCUACGUGAACAGCAUUGGGCCGGUCUCUGUCAUCCAGAUGGAGUACACUAUUGACAUCUUCUUUGCUCAGACGUGGUACGACCGGCGUCUUCGUUUCAACAGCACCCUGAAGGCCCUCACGCUGAACACCAACAUGGUGAGCCGCAUCUGGAUCCCAGACACCUUUUUCAGGAACUCCAAGCGGGCUGAUUCCCACUGGAUAACCACUCCUAAUCAGCUCCUCCGCAUCUGGAAUGAUGGAAAAGUGCUCUACACGCUCAGGCUGACAAUUGAGGCUGAAUGUCUGCUCCAGCUGCAGAAUUUCCCAAUGGACACUCACUCCUGCCCUUUGGUUUUUUCCAGCUAUGGCUACCCGAGGGAGGAGAUUGUCUAUCGCUGGCGGCGCUACUCCAUUGAGGUCUCCGACCAGCGCACCUGGAGGCUCUAUCAGUUUGACUUCACAGGGCUGAGGAACACCUCAGAAGUUCUCAGGACUGGGGCAGGGGAGUACAUGGUGAUGACAGUUUCUUUUGACCUCAGUAGACGUAUGGGGUAUUUUGCCAUCCAGACCUACAUUCCCUGCAUCCUGACUGUCGUUCUUUCCUGGGUUUCCUUCUGGAUCAAGAGAGACUCUACACCAGCCAGGACAUCUCUGGGUAUCACAACUGUGCUAACAAUGACCACCUUGAGUACCAUCUCCCGCAAGCACCUUCCGCGUGUCUCCUAUAUCACAGCCAUGGACCUCUUUGUCUCUGUGUGCUUCAUCUUCGUCUUUGCAGCUCUCAUGGAGUAUGCUACACUCAACUACCUGGUGGGAAACAAGAAACCACUUGAGCACAACAACAGGAAAACCAGGCUGCCUCCAGCUGGUGCGCAGGUGAUGCCAUCCUAUACCACCAUCAACAUCAACAACGUCAUGCACUGGCCCCCAGAGAUAGAGGAGGAUGAGGAUGAAGAUCCUGGCUCCCCAUGCCUGGAAGGCAAGGAAUGUGAGAGGUUCUUCUGCUGCAUUGAGGACUGUCAGACAGGGAUGUGGCGCGAGGGGAGAGUCCGCAUUCACAUCUCCCGCCUGGACUCCUACUCUCGCGUCUUCUUCCCCACCGCCUUCCUGCUCUUCAACAUCGUCUACUGGAUUGCCUAUCUCUAUCUCUAG